AUGCAGCCUGACUCGGUGAACGCGACAACGCAGCCAAUGAUUCCUUUGCACUGGGGACAAAUCAACUUUAUCCACACGAGUGACUCCCAUGGGUGGCUGGAAGGACAUAUCAAAGAGGGCAACUAUGGGGCAGACUGGGGUGAUUUCGUCUCCUUUGUGAAACACAUGAGAGACAAAGCAUCAAACGAUAAGGUUGACCUGCUAGUCAUUGACACUGGGGAUCUGCAUGAUGGAAACGGCCCCAGUGACGCAACCGAGCCUAAUGGCAAAAUCACGAACCCAAUCUUUGAGAAUAUAGACUAUGACCUUCUCACCCCGGGGAACCAUGAACUGGGCGUUGCUGAGGUUGCGUAUGACACAUUUGCCAACUUCACCAAAGUGUAUGGUGACAAGUACCUGGCCAGUAAUGUUGAUAUUUGCACAAAUUGCCAGGACAGCAAGCCGAGCACGCAGGAUUGGGCCCCCUUUGCCAACAGAUAUCGAUACUUUACCACAAAACAGGGUCUUCGAAUUAUGGCAUUCGGAGUGAUCCUUGAUCUGACAAACAACAACAAAAGCAUGACUAGAAUCCAGACAGCUGCGGACAUGGUCAAGGAAGACUGGUUCCAAAAGGCCAUCAAUCGUACGGAUAUUGAUCUCUUCUUGCUCACUGGGCAUAAUCCUGUCAAAUCUGGAAUUCCGAAAUCAGAGAGUACAUUUCCUCUUUUAAUGCAAACUCUUCGGUCGAAGCGUCCCGAAAUUCCGGUCCAGGGAUUCGGAGGUCACACACAUCGACGGGACUUCCACAUCUAUGACAACAUGUCUUCAGCUCUGGAGUCCGGCAAAUAUUGUGACACUGUAGGUUGGAUCUCCUUGGAUGGGAUUGAAUCUCAACCGGUUGAUAAAGUGUCAAGCAUUGAAGUCAAGGGUACUCUUGCUACCAACGAAGGCGACAUGGUGCAAGCAACCAACAAUUCUUGCACCCAGACAAAAGCGUUCGAUAUGAAAUUAACACGACGGUACUUGGAUUGGAAUCGACUCACAUUUGCCUUCCACGCGACAGGGUCCCAAGACGUAUUCACCACCUCCGAAGGACUCAUAGUUAGCCAAGGAAUUGCAACCGAUCGAAAAAACCUCAACCUAACAUUCGUAUAUGGUUGUGCACCACAGUCAUAUUGUAUUUCCUGUAAGCCAUUUGGUGACGAAGGAAAUAUCUACACACUGGUGCAAAAGGCCGCAGCAGCCACGGUGAUAAAUCCGGAUCGCGACACGAAGUCAAGAAUGAUCAUCGUCAAUCAAGGAGCCAUUCGAUACGAUUUGGUACAAGGCCCAUUCACCGUAGACGAUUCUUACAUCGUCUGCCCAUAUACGAACAAUUUCAAGUAUAUUCCCGACGUUCCUUACUCCUUGGCAUCCAAAGUCCUUGACUACAUCACUGAAGCAAAGAAGAAAGCAAACUCCAAACGAUCCAUGACCGUUUUGGAUGUCAUAUCAAGUCAAAUGCUUGGUUAUGAUGAAUGCGAAAAUCCCUCCCUUCAUGACUUGAACGGAACAAUCAGCCUUGCUAAGCCGAAAACCUUGUUCCGUCGUGUACUUGACGACUCAACAACACCCACCCCGGGAUACACCACAUGUGAUGACCUUGGAGAUGAUGGCGAUGACAGUCAACACUCUGAGAUUCCUGAAUUCGACCAACCAUAUUAUAUACAGGCGACUGCUGCUUUCCCCGAGAAUGGUCAACCAAAUGUGACAGACGUGGUUUUCUCGGACUUUCUUGCUGGAAGUAUCAUUGCAGCGUUGAAUGAUGGACACCCAACAAUUAACUAUACGUUGGAUGACACCGCACUUUACCUUCCGCAAGAUUUCACGACAAAUAGCUUCAUUCCAAGAUAUGCUACCAUUGCUUGGAAGAACGGCACGAGCUGCCCGGUUGGUGGAUAG